CCUUUUUUAUUUAUCACAAUUUCACUUGCUUUCUCCUCCAUUCAAAAAACCUCUCUCUCUCUCUCUCUCUCAUUGUGUGUGUGCAAAUUCAUUAAGUGUGAAGGAGAGGAGAUUGAGAAGAAGAUUAUUUUGUGUUGUUUUGAGUUCUCUCCCCAUAGCUCAAUAGGCCUUCAUUUCAACUCUACUACUCAUGGACAACUCCAAGCACAAGGAGGAGGAGGAGGAAGAGGAGAGGGCAUCCGGUGAGCAUGAGGAGAAGAUGGAUUGCAAGUCAAGCCAUGCCUCUAUUGCCUCCAUGGACAAUGAGGAUGGUGGUUGUGACGACGAUGAUGAUGAAAAGCGAGCCAUUGCUCUUGGCCCGCAAAUUGCACUCAAGGAACAACUUGAGAUGGAUAAGGAUGAUGAGAGUUUGAGGAAAUGGAAAGAGCAACUCCUUGGAAGCAUUGAUAUCAAUGAAGUUGGAGAGACAUUGGAUCCGGAUGUAAAGUUUCAAGAACUGACCAUAAUAAUUCCUGAUCAUUCGGAUUUAGUUUUACCUAUUCCUUUUGUGCCUGAUUCAAAGGGUUUUGCAUUUGCACUCAAGGAUGGUUGUCGCUACCACCUCAAAUUUUGCUUCACCGUCUCUAAUAACAUUGUUUCCGGCCUUAGAUACACCAACAUUGUUUGGAAGACCGGAGUGAAAGUUGCAAAGAACAAAGUUAUGUUGGGAACAUUCAGUCCUCAAAAGGAGCCUUACACAUUCGAAUUGGAAGAAGAGUCUACCCCUUCCGGUUACUUUGCAAGGGGAUCCUAUUCCGCGAAAACAAAGUUUGUGGAUGAUGAUGGAAAGUGUUAUUUAGACAUGGACUACUACUUUGAGAUUCGAAAGGAUUGGCCUACUACCGCAUGACCCUCACCGUCGUUACCGUCAUGUUAGUCGACCAUAAAAGUGUUUCUUUUAGUUGUGUUGUAUGAUCUAGGGUAUCAGAUAUGAACUCACUUUUAGGAAGCUUGAAAGUUUGAAUUGGCCUUGA